AUGAACUCCGAACCGGGUAUCUCGCCCCUCUGUCCUCCAACGGAGACCAAGAGGACAGUUCUCGAAAGAGAAAGCGAGGGUGAAGGUGAAAGAGAAAAUGAGAGAGAGAGUGAAGAAGGCGAGAGAGGACCCACGACGCCGAACGACGAGCAGAGCCUCCCAGAGGAAGAGGGAUCUUUGUCGCCUCAGUGCGACGAAGAGAGAAGGCGGAAAGCGAGAGAAGAAGUCGCUUACCUGCUUCAGCAGCGCGAGAACCUCCGGAACGUCCAUCGCCUGCUCCAGCAACAACAUUCUCUGCUCGUCGCCCAACGGCGCGAGAGAGAACGGGGAAAGUUCGUCUGCGAGACGAAGAAGGAAGCGAACUCGAGACUCGAGGACGAGGGAGAAAGGAACCAGUCCGAGGUCGAGGUAUCGCGUGGAUUCCGAGUUGAGAACGAAACGAAGCCUGAGGUUUCGGAGCAACAGUGUGCGAAGAGGGAAGCUGAUCCUUACGCCGUGAACGCGGAGAAGGAGCAGCGCUUCUGCUCGUCUGUGACGACGGCCAACGGGGGCUCGACUCGCUUUUCUUCCUCCGCUGGAGAGCAGAGCUCUCCUGUACCUGCCGGAGAAGCAGAAAAUGAUGGAAGGGAGGGAGAAGCAGACGAGGCUUCCACUGAGGCAGAGCGCUUCAAAGACGAGGGAGAAGCUACAGAGACAGAAGCUACAGGCCGCGAGCCACGGGCGCAUUCGGAAGCGGGAGACGCAUGCGCCGAGGGAAGCAGCGAACAAGAUGGCUGGGGCGCAUCUUUCCGGAGUGAAGACGAAAGGGAGACUGGAGCUGCUGAGCCUGGAAAAGCCUCAGAACCGAGCGUCUUUGAGGCGUUCGAAUCGUGUCUUGCAAACGAAAUGAAGUUCGUAGACUCCUGUCACCUCUCGUCACUCAAUGAUCCUUCGGGACCAAGUGAUUUGUCAGCUCCCUCGCCUGUUUCUGCUGUCCGUCCUUCCGUGACUCCAAACCCAGGAGAGGGCAGCCAGGUGUCUGCGUCGCGCUACGAAGCGACUUCGCCUUCGUCUCCGAAUCGAGGAGAAACUGCAUCCUUGUCCGAAUCGGUGUCUCGCCUUCCUUCCUCUUCUUUCCAGCCGUCGUUCUCGAGUUCCGCGCGGUUGCCCUUGCCUUCCCUCGCCUGCCUUUCUUCUCGCCUCGCGGCUGUGGUCGCGGCGCCUUCCGACUGGGCGACCCUGGAGUAUGCAGACACCGCGGCGCCGGCCUUCGGCUGUCCGAGUCUCCGUCUCUCCCCCGCCUUUGAGGUCAAUCCCUUUCGCCGCCAAGAGGACCUCGAAACAGAACAUCACCCGAAAGACAGAGAAGAAGAGAGUGGAGAGGAAAGGGGAGACGACGAGGAACAGGAGGAAGAGACGCGCAUGCGUGAAGUGCCUCCAACGUGUCUCGCCGGGGGGAGAGGAACCGAGAGUGGAGAGGGAACUUUACGGAAUGCGGCGUUUCUGGAGGAGCAGACUGUGGCUGCAUCUUCUCCUGUCUCGGUUGAGAGCACGCAGGACAGGCAGAGAAACGAGAUUGGCUGUCUCCUCCCCGGCAGGAAAUCUGCUUCUCCUCUCCUUCCUUGUGUUUCCUCCCCUGUUUCUUCUCACGGCUCUUCCCCUCUGCCUCAACAGCCCUCUGCUCUGUCUUCGCUGCUUCUGAACGAUCCGCGUUCACCCUUGUCUCCGAACUCCUCUUCGCAGCGUCCAUCCGUCGCUUCUCUCUCUCUAAAGACUCGCCGCAGUCAGGAGCCCAACAGUGGAGAAAAGGAGUCUCUUCUGUCUCCCGGGAAGAAGCCGGGAGAGCAGCCAGAACCAGCGAACUGCGUACGAGCCUCAGAGCUGCGAGAAACGCACGCGCAACCAUUUCUCGCUGGCGGAGAGUCUCGGGGUUUGUUUGUUUCGUGUGUCGCGCUGAAUCGCGGCGAGAUUUAUCGCUCAAGUUCUUUGUCUUCUCUCUCUUCUCGGCCUCUGGAGAAGACCGACCGAAAAGGCACGCGCGCAGGAAACUCUCACGCUGAAUUCUCCGAGCAAAACGCCGCGCUCACUGCCUCUCUGUGUUCUUCUCGGUUCUUCCCGCCUGGAACGCAAAGGGCGCAAAUGUCACCUCUCCCGUCUCCUCCUUCUCCUUCUGCUCCUUCUCCUUCUGCUCCUUCUCCUUCUUCUUCUCCUUCUUCUUCUUCUCCGUCUUGGUCUGAGGCAUGUCCCUUUGGAGGACGGGAGGUGUCUGUGCCUUCUGCGUCUCUUCCUCGGUCCUGCGUCUCCAACGGUUCUCUGUUCUCAGCUUCAUUCCGCGCCUCCUGUCCGACUCCGAGUUCCGAGGCGACUUCUCUCUCCGCUUCAGCCGCUGCGGGUGCUUUCUUCCCGGCUUCUCUGCCGCUCCACCAGUCUCUGCCUGUCUCUUGUCUCCUGUCGUUGAAUCCGCUGCAUGCAGUCUCCUCUCGCGGGGAGAAGACUUCGAGUUUCGACGUCUGCAGAGUCGAGUUCCUCCCCACCGCCACCUGCAAGGCUUCACUCCUCACAGUGAAGGCGAGGGCGCACCGCGCGUUCCGCGCUGAGAUGAACAGUGGGGGCGCACAGGCGAGAAAGACUCGUCUUCGAGAGCAGCGCGCGAGAGAAAAGCAGAGGCAAAUGUAUGCGAAGGAGCAGCGCGUGCACGUCGCGGAGACCUGGGAAGCAAGGCACCGGCGCCAGAGAGAAGAAGAAAAAACGAACGAGCUCGGAGUCACCCUCGCUGCUUCUCAAAGCUCCCUGUGUUCGUCCUUGAGUGAGGUAGAAAGCGAGGAAGAACCGGAAGAGAAAAACGUCUUCGCCGAGGCCGAAGGGCUCCGGGACGAGAAGGGCCGCCUCAUCUGCGUCCCCAGCGUCUUCGUCUCGCCGUCUUUCUCCACCCUUCUCCGGGUGUCGGCUUAUAUUCGGGUACACGCGGAGGAGAGGGACCCUGAGGAAACGGAAGAAGAAGAAGCCGGAAUGCUCGUCCUCGGGUGGAGAGAAGUCCUCGAACACCGGUGGGGACAGUGCGACCGACUCACGCAGCCAAAUCUGCAGGCGCUGCUUCAAGCGUUCAUGCCGCGGACCUGGUUCCAGUUUUUCCAGUUGGCGCAUCUGUCGUCUUCGUCUUUUUUCUCCUCGCUCUUCCCGGCUGCUGCGAUGGCGCAUGCAAGUGCUGUCUCGCCUCCGAAUCCCCUUUCUUCGACCUUUCUCGAGGAGCGUCUUGCGGCCUUUUCUCUGCUCCGCGACCGCCUCUACGACAUGCGACACCGUCUCGCUUGUUGCUCACGCUCUCUGCUGCCUACUCGAUCACUUUCUCGAGUCCGGGAAGAACGAGAUGCAGCGACACCGCGCAUGCAGGAAGAAGGAAAAAGCGCAGAAAACGGAGCAGAUAGAGCAGAGGGGACUGACGAUGGGAGAGAGGAAGACGCAUCUGGAGACGCGUCCUUUCUCUCGCGGGAGGCUCCGGAGUGUCUCAGUUCACGGAAAAGCGAGGCAACCAAGCACGAGGCGGACGCUGGUCAACAGGGUCUCUUGAGUCUCCUUGGCGAGGUCUCUCAGCUGUACCUACAGAUGGUGAACAUGAUUCAGGAACUCCAAGUCUCUCGCUUUGGUCGGCAAAAAUGGCUCGCGAGCGAAACUCCGGAAGUUUCUCCUCCGCAUCUCUCGGGAGUGUCGGACCCCUCGCCAUCCCCGUCUUUCUCGUCUUCUUUCUCGUCUUCUUCCUCACCUUCUUUCUCUUCUUUCUCGUCUUUCUCGUCUUCCUUUCUUCCGUCAGUGCCCGCGAGAGCGGAGCGCCGCGUCUUCCAGAAACUCGUGGUUCUGCAGCAGAGCGUCGACUCUUUUCUCGCGGCUUCUUGCUGCAUGGAGAAAUGGGCCGCCGACCUCGUCCUUUCUCAAAAGGUGACUCGCGCGCUCGAGAGGAGGGCCAGAGAGACUGUCUCCUUGGAAAAGCGAGAGAUGCCUGCACUCUCCUGGCGCUUCGGUGUGAGAGGCUCGGCGCAGGCAGACCGGAAAAAACUCGAGACGAGUGGAGAGACAACGCGAGGAGACAGCCCCCAGAGACAGGCCGAGGCGCGCCCGCCUGAGCAGACGGCCUUCUCCGUCUCUGCAGCGCAUGUUGAGAGCCAGCAAAAAUUCAUCAAAAAAGUCGUCAAAACUUGCGUCAGAGACACGCAGCAACUCGACAGACUCAGGGACGCUCUCAUCGAGUUGAUGUAUCUCCGAGGAGAAGAGAGAGGAAGCGAGGAAGAAGGCCCAGCUCUUGUGGCUUCGAGGUCUGCCUUCGUUUCUGCCUCAAAUGCAAGAGCAACUGGAGAGGAAGCCUCUGAGAAGGGAUUUCCGUUUUCUUCUUUUCCGUUACACUUUCGAGACCAGCUUGGUCUGACGACAGAGUCUGCUGCAUCUCUACUUCUUCUCUCCUUCGCUCUCGAGGCUCGACGUCCAGCUGCAGUGUGUCUCGCCUUUCUUCGCGCCUCUGCUCCGCAUCUCCUCUGUCCUUCUCUUUCUUCGUCUUCGUCUUCGGCCUCCUCUUCUCUCUCUUCUUCUCUCUCUUCUGCUUCUCUCUCUUCGUGUCUCGCCUCUCUGUUGCCACCGGGGUAUCUGGAGGAUCCGGAGGCCCUCGCAGUCGAAGCGGUGCGAGUGGAGACAGAAGACUCGCGGCGCAAAGAAGAGACGCCAGAACAGGGUGUUUCGACAGACAGGCAGGGUAGAGAGGAAGGACGCGGCAGCGACGCGCGGAGAGGAGAGGAGAAGCAUGGAGCCGGCGAGCGUGAGCCGAGCGUCGGAGAGCAGCACUGGGAGGAGUUUCUUCGCGCUCUGGAGGACCCGCGAGAGGAAAGAUGUCAAGAGCGAACAGGCGAGAGGCGCGCCUGUCGGAAGGAAACCGCGAGUUCUCAGAUCCAGUUUCCUUAUCUGGCUUCCGGUGCCUCCGUUCCCGAUCCUUUCCUCGAGUCUCAGGACCCGGCGCAGAGUCCAGGAGACGCGAAAGGUGGAGAACUCUCACCAUCCUGCACUGUGGCGAAGCGCAGAGUCCAUGUGAGGUCUUCGGAGGAAGGCGCGUUUUCGAAACUCGAGAGGCUUUUGGAUCCAACGCUUCUCGACCCAGUCGGCUUGAAGCGUUUCCUCGCGCUGCCGUCGUCUGAGGACUUCCCAGGGCCGUCGAGAGUCUCGACUCUCUCGGCCUUUGCCGAAGACGACUUCUCGCUCUCGUCUGGCGACGCAGCUGCACUCUGGAGAGAAGUCCGUGAAACUGUGCCGCAGAGAAGAGAGGCGCGGGAGGGCAGGUCGCGAGGACUCCAGAAACCUCUGAAGCCUGUCCCCCGUCUGCCGGCCUUCUCCGACCAGGUGUCUUCUCCCCACACUGCGCGUUGUUUGGGGCAUCAACGACUCGCGGAGAAGACAGGCGAGCAGGACGCGCGAGGGAAACGGAGACAGCUCCUCUGCUCUUCGCUGCCGCCUGUUGGGCGCCGGCUCGAGCUGCGAGCGCGUCAGCGCGAAUCCAGGAGAAGAAACCUCGAGUUGGUGGCGCGAGGAAACUCGAUUUUAUCUCCGGGCGAGACAGGCGCGGACGGACUGCCUGCAGGUGUAGCGGCUCGGACGCGAUGCGAGGGUGAGCCGUUGCGCGAGGAGUCGGGCAGAGCGCGCGGAAGGAACUUCGAUGAAGAGGAGAGAGCACGGCGAGACAGAGAGGUCGCGCGAAAGUCGAGACACAAGGCGCUUCGUUCAGCGUAUGCUGAGGCGAGAAGAAGCGAGCUCGAGAAACGGGCGGAUCUCUCGAGAGACGCGUGUCUCGGCGGAGAAAGAGGAGACGCGUUUCCAGAAGAAACCAUGCCGGAAGCCUUUUCAGAAGACUUUUCGGAAGGUGAGACGAGGAGGGCAAGCUCAGCCGGCUUCUUCACUGAAGAGGAAGAAGCGGAGUGCCGGUUGGGGGGAAGUCCGGAGGAGCGAGUGGAGUCUGGAGAGGUGGAGGGGAUGAGUUUCAGAGCAACGUUCUCCGGUUUGAGGAGAAGGAUCGAAGGCGACAACGAGGAGGAGGAAAGGGCAGACGAGAAUGAGAUUGCACGCAAGCCGCAGGUGUGCCAUUACGAAAGAAAGGACGAGCAGUGCGGACGGAAUGGAAGCUCUCUUGCGGUUGAGAGUCGGAAGCGAGAGAACAAGCAGGACAAAGCGAGCCUGGAGGCGGCCUGGCAGCUGAGAGGAAGCGCAGCCGCAAGCGCUUCGACCCCAGAAACAUGGCCGACACUGGAGCCGGAGAAAGAGCACCGGAGCCGCGGCACGGUUGCCCGGUCGCGGUCUCUGGGCGAGGAGACAGUCGGAGACACUUUGGAGACGGACACCGAACUGCGAGACCGCGCAGCAAACGAGACCGGAAACAUGCGAGAUCGCAGGCUGCGAGAGGACGCCCAUGCCGUCGCCCUUCAGCAGGCGCGUUUGUCUGGGCGCUUGGAGGAGAUCGACCGUCGAGUCUACGAAAAACGCGAUGCACUCCGUCAGUGCGAAGAAGAGUUCUCUUCUCUCAAUGCCCCACAGCUUGCGCGCUUCUUCUUCUCCUCCUCCUUGUCGACCGCCGCGCCCAGCGUAGUGGCGCCUGCCGUCGCGAGGAGCGUGUCUCUGCUGCGAGAGAGGAGACGGAAGAUCGCGAAAGAGCUGAAAGAGACGGAGGCCCGGAGAAGCGAGCUGUGCACCCUCCUGGCCUCACUCGCGAACCGAAAGCAGGUGCUCAAUGCAGAGCUGAGGAGGAGAUGUCGCCAGCAAUCUCUGAGGCAGGUGGAGCUUCCAGAGAAAGAUGAAAAAGGUCGAGAUCAGAGAGCAACAGACGUACUCCGUGAGGCAGAGCGGAAUGGCGCGCGCCCCAGGGGACUGCGCAGCCAGAGUCAAGAGGGUCAAGGUCCGUUUCCUGCGAACGGAGAAACAGGGGAGCAGGAGGGAGGCAGUCCAGACUUCGCUUUGGCGCUUCCAGCUCUGCCGGAAAGAAGCGGCGGGAACAGGCCAUGGUUCUCAACUCCAUCGAUCCGCGAAUUAACCGCAGGACUCUUCUCGCCCAAAGAGAGCGAGCAAGGGAACCCCCCAACAGCAAGAGAAGCAGGUGAGAGAGGAGCGCCGAAAGAGAGCGCCGCUGGAGACAGACACACGGGGACCAAGCAGGAAACGGUGAGACAAAGAUCCUCGUCGAGAGGGAGGUCUUCCUCGCGCAUGGGAGCCUCCGUUGCUCGCAACAUGUCUCGAGAGGCGAAGCAGGGAGAGCGCAUUUCAGUGAGAGAAGGCAGCGGCGAGAAGAAGUCUGAGAGAGGACGAAGUCGACAAGACUCUCGCGCAAGAGAGACACAGGCAGCAGGCGAGAAGAAAGUCGACUCACCCUCUCGUUUCUGCGGAGACAAGCAAGGGACAGCAGAGGCGCCUGCGCCUCCUGUUGAGGCUGCCGAGCCUUGCGAAGCGAGUCGCGGCGGGGAAGGUCCGAGGAAGAGUGUGGGCAUGCUCUUUUCUGGACUUAAAUCGUUUUUCGACCUUGCGCAAGAAAGUCCGCAGAAAGUUCUCCAAAGCGUGAGGCAACAGCAGAAGGGAAGCGCAAGAGAGGACGAGUUGAUGCCUUCGCGUUUCCCUUCUCGACCGCGCAGAAUGUCGCCGUCGGGGAGAGUUCGUCUCCAGGAGACUCCAGAGGAGACACCCGUCUCUGGGGGCAACUGUCCCUCUCGCGACCCCAGUCUCCACCUCGUGUCUCUCAGAGCGCGCGAAGAUGUCUCGAUCUGCUUUCAAGAAGAACUCGAGGCAGAAAUGCAGGCGUUCGAGGGCAGGGAAGCAGUCCGACGACGACCUGAGCGGCCUCGAGGCGAACAUGCGGAGGGAGAAACAGUGGAAGAAGACCCGGAGAGAAGCAGCAAAGCCGACAGCGCCUUCUCUCCGAAAAGUCCUCGCGAGGAUGAACAGACGAACCACAGGGAUUCUUCCUUCUCUCCCUCGACACUGAAGAAGAGACCGACACCCGCGUCUGGCCCUGGAGAGCCAGCCACAAGGAAAGACGCGGAGAAAGUCGAGGAAGAGAAGGUGGAGAAAGAGCAAGUGGAGAAAGAGAAAGUGGAGAAAGAGAAGGUGGAGAAAGAGAAAGUGGACGAUGGAAGGGAGGAGAAGGAAGAGAAACAGGCGGAAGAGUCUCGUGGCGUCUCAUGGCAACUGGAGAAACGUUCAGAGGCAAAGAAGAGAGAGCAGAGCCGCGCUCGCGGACCCAGUGCGGCAACGACGUUUACCUCCCGCCUCAGGACUCUCGAGUCGCGAGAAAAGAGACAAAGUCUUCAAGGCGAACAGAAGGCGGCCGAACAGAAACGCAGGCUUCACGCUUCUCCGGAGGCCAGGAGAGGUGGGGUGAAGCGAGAAAGCGAGAAAAAAGGAGACAGAGGAUACACACACACCGGAGUCGAACGGAAACUAGAAAGCAAAGCCACAGGGAUCACCCACAGAGGCCAGACGGCCUCUUCGUUGUCGUCCUCCUCUUCUGCUUCCUCUUCAUCUUCCUCCUCUUCUGCUUCCUCUUCAUCUUCCUCCUCUUCGUCUUCAGCUUCCUCUUCUGCUUCCUCUUCUUCCUCCUCUUCGUCGACUGUUUCCUCUUCUGCUUCCUCUUCUUUCUCCUCUUCGUCUUCAGCUUCCUCUUCUGCUUCCUCUUCUGCUUCCUCUUCGUCCUCCUCUUCGUCUUCCUCUUGCUUGCAGAUUUUUGAUGGCAAGCAAGAGAUUCGACAGCGGCGGGCGAAGGUGUUGGCGCUCGCAGCCAAACAGAGAGAACAAGCGAGAAAGAGAAGGGGCGAUCUUCAGCCUCGGGUCGUGCAGCGAGAGACAGAAGCGAGCGUUCGACCUCCUUCGAAAGUGGAGAGUUAUCCGUCUUCCGAGGGAAAACAGGAAGAAGAGAGGAGUGAAUCGAAGGAGACAAACAAGGACCUCUUUGCUCGUCGAGAUCAGCGUCUGCGUCUGUUCAUCAGGAGACAGCAAGAAGAGUUGCGGCGUCUCCAGGCUUCCCAGGCCGAGACCGUCGGCGCGUCCUCCGAUGCAGAUCUGCGUGCCUUCUCGAUCCCCUCUGUGCCGUCUUCUUCCCUCUCUGCUGAAGUGAGUGAGAUCUUGUCGCAAGGUCCUCUCGUCCUUCAAGAUGGCGUCGUUGUGCUCACGGAAGGGCAGGCAGCGUUGGCGGCAGCCCGCGAGGCGGCUCGGCUUCUCGGUCCGGAAGGCGAGAGAUUCUGCAAGCAAGGUGUCAGCGAAGAGCGGCGACGCGAAGGCGCCGAACAGAGAGUCGCCUGGGAUAAGGAACGGGGACAAUUCGCCGCAGGAAAGAGAACUCCGGAGUUUCCUGGAAACAACGCGCUUCUUGACGAGGUGCGAGAAGACGCAGGUGGCGGAGGGGUGGCGACGGCGGCUGACAGGGGGGCGUCUGUACAUCGCGGCGCUUCGCGGUUCGAAGAAGAGCGGCUCUUGUCUCGAGACGGUUUACUGGAAGAAAGAGAAGAACUGGAAGAGUUUGAUCCGACGCGGAGGUCUCCUCCACUUUUGAGGCAGUCCGCGCUGGUGCGCUCAGAGUCCUACGACACCACACGUUGCUCGUCGUACGUGGAAGACGGCAAGGGAGGAGAGCGAGAGAAAGCGGUACCUGUUGUUGAGACGCAGAGGGAGCUGUCGGAAAACGGAACGGCCAGCUCUGCUGUCUCCAGUGUUGAGCGCGUGAGACUGGAGUCCAGGUUUUCAGAGGGAGACGCUCUGCAAAGGGAGACAAGCGACCUCGGCGAGCCGGACAGGUCUCUGCGUGGAGACAGCCCCCGAGACAAGAUGCUGGGCUCUGGAAACAGAGCUGCAGACAUGCUGACUCUAAGAGACUGCGGACGUGGAGCGAAGUCGCCGCGAGCGGUGUCCUGCGCAGGUGCGUGUACGCCGUCGGCGAGGCAGGCUGAGAAGCUGGAGACGCCGCGGAAGGAGCUGCUGGAGAUCCGCAGCAAGGCAAAUGUCGCGACAGACACCGGUCUCGACGGUGUCUGGUCCGGAACGCCGGCGUCGCGGGUGGCGGUACGGACGUCGCUUUCCCUCAUGCUGCAGAAGGUCGAGCCGCGAGCGUGCGGUGCGCAGCCCGUUGCGUCUCACGAGCGGCGAAUCGUGACUCCGCGACACCUGGGCAGAGAAAGCAACUCUGCGCUUCUGGCGAAGUUCUUGGACUCGCAGAAGACGGAGGAGUCAGGCGCAGACACGGAGAGCGAGGAGAGGCGCAGAGGCCCGGGUGCAUGCCUGGUGGCGAAACGCGGUACGGGCAGCGGCACAGAGGCGGUGGGUGUGACGCUCGCAGCGCUGGUAUCCUCUUCGAGUUCGGUUUCUCUCACUCCGCGAGGAGCAGCUCGCGCGGCCGGGAGAGACAGAGGGCAGGCGAGUAUGCAGGUGCAGCAGAAGACGCGGGGCGCCUCACAGACCGCGCGAACGGAAGAGGGCAGAGACAGGGACGACAGGCUCUCUCUGUUAUCUCUCGAAGAGUCGGGCGUCAUGGACUCCCCGCGCAGCUGGACGACCCGGGAAGAAGAGAGCGCAUGGGCAGGGUACUUCCAACAGGUUGCCGAGGAGAGGAGGCGACCGAGCUUCGCGGAAGGAGUCGGGGACAGAAGACGAGGAAAUCGCGGUGGACCUCGCAGCGGCGAGCAGGCAAGCAGUGCAAAACGGAGUCUCUGUCCUGCUGUGGACGCGCGACAGAUUCGAGAGGAAGGCAGGGGAAACGCGGGUGAAGACGCGUGGUGCGAGAGUGGGGGAGACGAGGACGCACGCUUUGCGGAGCAAGCAGAGAGUCGGGAAGGCGGGGAGAGAGCGACGCGUUCAUUUGCCUCUUUUGCUGCGGUGGCCGCAGAAAGACAGAGCCUACGCAGUGCACGAGGUAAAUGGAGAGAAGAGCUAGGACGAAUAGAAGAAGACGUGAGAGCCGACGUCGAGAUACACUGUGCUGUCGACAGGCUUGUCGAGACAGAACACACCCGACAAGACAGAAGACUACAGAGGGAAGACCGACUAAGAGGCAGAUACGCGACAGAAAACGAGGAUUGCUACUAUACAGCCGAGCUAGAAAACGAAUUCUGAGAAUCGGCUCCCGGAUAGCGGCUCAGAGACCUGUGAAUCGAGGCUCGUUUGUCCAGGAAACGCGCCUGUCUUCGAAGCGUGUUUGGACAUACAUGCGUGUAAGUUCAUAUUUAGUUUUAUCUCAGUGUACAUACGUCUACGUGAUGCCUGUCGUGCGUAUCCAAUCGGGAAGCGUGCAUAUGGCCGUCCUUUGUGUGCAUCCCAAGUACCUAUUUCUAAAUAUUGAUGGCCGAGGCGGCAAAGACAAGCGCAGGAAUAGAGUGCUUCUGAAGACUGAGUGUGGCCGUGGAUAGUCCCGUGAAAUGUCUAAAGGGGCUUGCCGACUGAGAAGUCUUUUCAAGAAAAAACAUCGC